CAAUGCCAUUCCUCCGCCCAGCCCUCCGCGCCCGCCCUCUCGCCGCCCUCCCCAGAGCCGCCCCCCCCGCUGCCCUCCACACCGCCCGCCCGCGCCUCCACCCCGCCGGCAGCAAGCCCCCUGCCCCCGGCGGCGGGGAGCGCGCCCCCCUUUCCCCGGAGGACGACCCGAAGCAAGGCGGGAAAGGGUUCCUUGGUGCCCUCUUCUACGGAUCCAAAGAAGCCAAGGCUGAAGGCCUCAUCGACCCCGACCCCAGCAAACAGGCGCACUCCACCAUCAUCGGCCGGGGCAAGUACGUGCACGAAAAGAUCACCCACGCCGUCGUCCCCGCCCACCGGGCCCAGUACCUCGCGUCCGCCGAAAAGUACUUUACCUCCAUGGUGCAGAGGAAUGGCGAGCUCGGCGGCGUCAAGCUGAUGGGCAGCUGGGAGAGUAUCGUAGGCGAUGUCGGCAGUUUUACCCAUCUGUUGGAGUAUGAAGGCUACAAGGGAUUCGACGCCACCCGCCGAGCUAUCGCCGCAGACAAGGAGAUGUCGUCCCUCCAAUCUGACAUGCUCCCACACCUGAUCUCGCGCCAAAGUCAACUCCUUUCCGAAUUCUCCUUUUGGCCCUCGUCCCCGCCUCAUGAUUCUGGGUACCCUGAUGGAGGGAUUUUCGAGAUGAGGAGUUAUUUGUUACAGCCAGGCAAGCUGUUGGAGUGGGAGUACGCUUGGCGGAAAGGGCUGGAGGCGAGAAAGAGGUUUGUUCAACCGGUAGGAGCAUUCUUCUCCCAAGCGGGGCAAUUACACGAAGUACAUCAUAUUUGGCAAUACCCGGAUAUGGAAACACGUAAACGUACAAGAGACCAAGCUUGGUCUGUAGGCAGUUGGGCCGAUACCGUCCGUGACACCGUCAAACUUGCCUAUGGUAUGAAAUCUACCAUCAUGGUCCCUUGUUCCUGGAGUCCUAUCCGAUAGGACUGAAUGGUUGAAUGAAGAGGGAUGGAGGGAGGAAAGUAAAUGCCUGCAUCCAUAAACCCGGAAUUCGAAAUGGAGGUUGAAGAUUAAAGAUGAAGAUGAAGCAGUUAAACAUGCACGUCAUAUAUAUAUA